UUAUACAAAUAAAAAUUAACGAUGGUAAUCAUCAUUGAUAAUAAUCAAACAACAUCAAUGUCAUCCAUAAAUAAUGAUAAUAAUAAUAAUAACAAUAACAAUAAUAAAUGGACUAUAUCAACAUAUUUUCAACGAUUAAAAUGUCCAUUUCGUUUUAUAAUUGCCCUGAUGGGUAUAUUAGCAUCAAUAUUAUUAUGUUCAACACGUUAUAAUGUUAGUAUUGCAAUUGUAUCAAUGGUUAAAGAUUUUGCAUCAACAACACCAUCAAAUAGUUAUUGUCAUCGUAUUGAUCCAGAUUAUCCGAAUCGUUUAGAAUCAUUAUUUCGUUCAUCAUCAUCAUUAUCAGCAUCAUUAAUUAAAUCAUUAAAUGAAACAGCCAUAUCACAAGAGGUAACAUGGACUGAUUUAGAACAAGGUAUCGUACUUGGUGCAUAUUAUUAUGGUUAUGCUGCUACACAUAUAUUUGGUGGCCGUUGGUCUGAACGUUAUGGUCCAAAAUGGGUGACUGUUAUCGGUCUGAUUGGUGCAGCUAUUUUAAAUGCCAUUCUUCCGUUUGGUAGUAAUUUUUUUGUAUUUGCAUUGCUUAGAGUUUUGAUUGGCUGUUUUCAUGGUGUUGUUGAACCGGCUUUAUUUUUUAUGUUUAAAAAAUGGUUUCCACCUAAUGAACAAACAUUAGCAUUAUCAGUGUUAUUGAUUGGUAAUGCACUUGGUCUCAUUCUGAAUGUACCGAUUUCAGCAGCCAUAACCCAUAUUAUACUUCCGGCCGAUAUACCUGAUUGGUCAUUAUUAUUUUUUGGUGGUAGUGCAUUACAUUUGAUAUGGCUUGUAUUAUGGAUUUUUCUAGUAACAGAUAUACCGGAAAAUCAUCGUUUAAUCACAGAUAAUGAAAUUUCUUAUAUUAGACAAAAUUCUCAUAAUGUUCUUGAAACGAAUUUACGUACAGUACCAUGGCAACAAAUUCUUAAAACAAAAGCAUUAUAUGCAUCGAUAAUGGCAAAACUUUGUUGGUCAUUUAAUCAUGCUAUUAUUAUUGAUAAUGGACCAUCAUUUCUGAAUAAAAUAUUUAAUUUUAAUAUGCUUAAAGCAUCCGAACAUAUUGCACUCAUCUAUACAGUAACCGUUAUUGUAUUCAUAUUUUCUGCGUUUUUAUUUGCCAGAUUAGAUAAUUGGACAAAACUUUCUCAUACAAGAUUACGGAAAUUAUUUCAAGCUAUUGUAUUUAUUGGUUCAUCGGUAACCAUGUUUGCAAUUGCAAAUAAUGAAUGCAAUCUCUAUUUAUUAGAGAUAUUUAUCAUCAUCAAUAUGAUUACACAAGGUUUUACAUCAGUUGGUGAAUAUCCAAUGAUCAAUGAAUUUGCUGGCUAUUAUUCUGGUACUGUUUACGGGAUAACAAUUACAUUUGAUUCAUUGGCACGUGCAUUGGCACCGUUAAUACGUUGUGAACUUGUUAAUCAAUCGGAUUUAAAAGCCAAUUGGGUUAUCGUAUUCUACAUAACAGCCAUAUUAAAUCUAAUCGGUCUGAUUAUAUUCGAAUUAUUGGCAUCAACAACACCAAAACAAUGGGCAUUGAAACGUGAUUUAGUACGAACAAUAUCACCAACAAAUGAUGGCCAUAUUGAACGUCCAGUAAAAAAAGAAUUAAAAUUAGAACUACAAAAUCCAAAUUAUCGUCAAGAUAUUGAUACCGAAACAGAUGAUUGGCGACAAUUUAAAACUUCUACUUUGGUGCAAUAAAUAAUCAUAAUAAUAAUAAUAAUAAUUUUGGAUGUGAUAAUCAUUAUCAUAAUCAUUACCAUCAUCAUCAUCAUCAUAACGGUAUUUAUCCUUACGUUAC